AUGCCGAGCUCGGCGACAAAAAGGACGUCGGGUCAGAAGAAUCAGAACCACCCGCCAGCGCCGGACGAGGACAAGGGCGCUGCCCACAUGAGCGAACAGGAGCGGAAACGGCUGCGCAACCGCCUCUCGCAGCAGGCGUUCCGCCGCAGACAGGCGGAGCGCAUCCGGGAGCUCAGCAGCCGCGUCAACGCCGACCAAAAGUCCGACAGCGAGCGCAUCGAGGCGCUGCAGCGCGAGAACCGGCAGCUCCGGACGCAGCUGGUCGAGGUCCAGGCCAAGAUGGCCCGGCUGAUGGCCACGCUGCAGGGGCUGAACGACUCGGUCUCCCAGACGCUGGACGACACGGCCGCCGGCGGGAGGGAUGGGGAGUGCAUUUACCGUGCGAACGACGACGACGACGACGAAGACGACGCAGGGAAGCCGUCUGCCGAGCCUUCGCCGUCGCCGUCGCGUCCGGAGUACGAGCGGGGAAACGGUCCUCACGCCUCAUCGCUUCCGGCUUCCGCCGCCUCUUCCUCCUCAUCCUACGCGCCCAUGGAGUUGGAAGCGUUCGACGCGUCCCUGCUGGAGUUUGACCCUUCUCUUCCCAUGCCCUCGGUGACAGAGCCACUCGAGGACGACCUCUCCUCGUCGGAGCUCAUCAACGUCGCCGGCACCAGCCCGCUGUACGCGCAGAUCCCCAACAUCUGGAGCUUCGAGUACCAGACGGGCAUCGAGCCGUACAUGACGGCCAUGGCGGCGACCCAGGAGUCCAGCACGAUGCUGCGCAAGGACUGGGCGCUGUCCAACUCGCCCUUCUCGGACCACAUCCAGCUGCUCCAGCGGCUCCUCAAGGACAAGCUGCGGGCGUCGGGGUUUGCGCUGGACGGCCAGCAGCUGUCGUCGUCGGCGUCGUCGUCCAUGCAGAGCAUCUACCAGCCCGUCCUCAUGGUUCUCUCCAUGUUCAACAGCAUCACGCGGCCCGACGUCAUGGCCUGGUACGCAAAGACGCGCUUCUACCACAUCGUCGAGCUCACGGCCUGGCAGCUCUGCCCGUCGACGGCGACGUUCGACCGGCUGCACCCGCGGUACCGGCCGACCGAGACGCAGCGCCGGCACCCGGACCACCCGCGCGUCGUCGACUGGAUCCCGUUCCCCUCGAUCCGCGACCGCCUCAUCCGCCGCCACGCCGCCAACCCGCGCAUCGACCAGAUCUUCUGCGACGCCGUCACGGGCUACGUCGUUGAGGCGUCCAUGGCCGACCUCGUCCGCGGCGCCCCGCGCGUCACCGUCCACGUCCGCGUCACCGACCUCAUCACGGCCAUGUCGUCCGAGUCAUCGUCGUCAUCCUCCUCCUCCUCCUCCUCCUCGUCGUUGUCAUCUUCCUCCUCGUCAUCCUCCAAGUUACCCGCCUCGUCCACCGCAACAGGCGACGAGAGCGACCUCGUGCGGGCGCUCCUCCCGGCUCCCGACAUCGCCACGCUGUUCUCGUCCCCGGCGCACGCCCGCGCCGCCUUCAGGCUGCUCAACAUGGACCGCGGCGCGUCCUACUACAAGAUCGACCCGGCCUUUUACGCAAAGUACCCGGAGCUGUACGACGAGGCCAGCGACCUCACGGCCUCGGGCAUCCCGUUGCGGCCGGCGUCGCAAAAAGUGCUGACGUACCCGAGGCCGCUCGACGCCGCCACCGUCGAGACGUACCGCAGCUUCAUCGACUUUUCCCUCGACGCCGCCAACGCAAUCUCGUCGUCGUCGUCGUCGUUCUCGUGA